GAUCAACAAGGAAAAAAACACCUCAGACCCGAAACAUUGUAGGACCAGUUAAAGAAAAAUUCUGCUCCACAAGUAUAGUAGACCAUCGUUCGACGAAGAAAAAACCCUAGGCCAUCGGUGGACACAAAAAAAACCCAAAAAACAAAGGGUGUGAUAUGUAAAGAUUGAGAAAAUGCAAGGGAGGCAAGUGUAAAUGUAGAUUACAAAGAAACGUGGUCAUGUAUCUGCCCUAACAAGUGACCACCCUAUCCAAAAUCUCAUCUCUUGCUAUUUAACCAAAUAACCAUAAAAAACAAUUUACACAACAUUUCAUAUAACAAAACACACAACAUUGUUAAAGGGUGAAGAAGCAUUAAUAGAAGAUGGCUCAAACGAUGUUGUUGACAUCUAACACCAUCAUUUCGGACCAACCGUUGCUUCGAUCACUUAGACCCAAACCUUUCUCACAUCGUGUACUCGCUCCGGGUCUUCUCCCAAACUCGUCUACGACAUUUUUGAGCCCGGUUGCUCUUUUUAAACCCAAGACAAAAGCUGCCCCCAAGAAGGCUGUGACACCCCCUCCGAAGCUAAAAGUCGAAGAUGGCAUUUUCGGCACAUCGGGAGGUAUCGGAUUCACGAAGCAAAACGAGCUCUUUGUUGGCCGUGUAGCUAUGCUUGGCUUUGCUGCAUCAUUGUUGGGAGAAGGAAUAACCGGAAAGGGAAUUCUAUCCCAACUCAAUUUGGAAACCGGAAUUCCGAUUUAUGAAGCCGAGCCACUUCUUCUCUUCUUCAUCCUCUUCACACUCCUUGGAGCCAUUGGAGCUUUGGGUGAUCGCGGUCGGUUUGUUGAUGAGCCAACCGGACUUGACAAGGCUAUUAUUCCUCCCGGAAAGGGGUUCCGAUCUGCAUUGGGUCUUAGCGAAGGAGGUCCAUUGUUCGGGUUCACCAAGGCGAACGAGCUCUUUGUCGGUAGGUUGGCCCAAUUAGGUAUCGCUUUCUCGUUGAUCGGAGAAAUUAUCACUGGAAAAGGAGCUCUAGCACAGUUAAACAUCGAGACUGGACUUCCAGUAAGCGAGAUUGAGCCACUUGUGUUGUUUAAUGUUGCUUUCUUCUUCAUUGCCGCCUUGAAUCCUGGUACUGGGAAAUUCGUCACAGACGAAGAGGAAGACUAGAUCACCAUCAAGUUGGGGUUUUGAAUCGAGCCGGGGUCUCAUUGGAAGCAUCCUCUUUAUUCCUACGGGGUAGAGGUAAAGCUGUCUACAUCUUACCCUCCUUAGACCCUACCUUAACUGUGCUAUUGGUGGAAUUUACUGAGUAUGAUGAUGGUGAUGUAUUUGUGUUAUUUAUAGUAUUGACGUGUGAAGUGUGACUAAGUACACACCAUGUAAUAGAACUGGUUUAUUUAGAAACUAUGUAAAUAUUUUAAUCAUAUCAUAUAAUUUAUUAGAAAUUUUUAUUUA